CUCGUAUCUCCGCUUUCCCCUCCGAUCCCCCUCUCCGUGCGCCAGAAAAAGCCCCUGCGAGGAGACACCGAGUGCGCAGCGCAAAUACCAAAGCACCACCGGGAUUUUUUUCCCCCCUCCUAUUUUUUCUUUUAUGUAUUUUUGCAGGAUUUCAGCAGCGAGAGCGCAACAGAGAAUUAAAUAGAGAGAGAAGAAGAGAUGGACGAGCAGCCGAGGUUGAUGCACUCUCACACGGGGGUAGGCAUGGCAGGGCACCCCGGCCUGCCGCAGCAUAUGCAGGAAGGCACCGGAGGAACGGACGGCGACGGAAGAAAACAGGACAUUGGAGACAUUUUACAGCAAAUUAUGACCAUCACGGAUCAAAGUCUGGACGAAGCCCAAGCCAGGAAACACGCUCUGAACUGUCACAGAAUGAAGCCAGCUCUUUUCAAUGUCUUGUGUGAAAUCAAAGAAAAAACAGUGCUGAGUAUCCGCGGCGCCCAGGAGGAGGAGCCCCCGGAUCCCCAGCUCAUGCGGCUGGACAACAUGCUGCUGGCCGAGGGCGUGUCCGGUCCGGAGAAAGGCGGCGGCUCGGCGGCGGCGGCUGCGGCUGCGGCGGCCUCGGGAGGCGCCGGGGCGGACAACUCCGCAGAGCACUCCGACUACAGGGCCAAGCUGUCCCAGAUCAGACAGAUCUACCACACAGAGCUGGAGAAGUACGAACAGGCGUGUAACGAGUUCACCACCCACGUGAUGAACCUGUUGCGGGAGCAGUCACGCACGCGGCCAAUUUCGCCCAAAGAGAUCGAGCGCAUGGUGAACAUCAUCCACCGCAAGUUCAGCUCCAUCCAGAUGCAGCUCAAACAGAGCACCUGCGAGGCCGUCAUGAUCCUGCGCUCCCGCUUCCUCGAUGCCAGACGGAAAAGACGAAACUUCAACAAGCAGGCAACAGAGAUCCUGAACGAGUACUUCUACUCACACCUCAGUAACCCUUACCCCAGCGAGGAGGCUAAAGAAGAGCUGGCAAAGAAGUGCGCCAUCACAGUUGCCCAGGUUUCCAACUGGUUUGGGAAUAAAAGAAUCAGAUACAAGAAAAACAUUGGUAAGUUCCAAGAAGAAGCCAACAUGUACGCUGCGAGAACUGCCGUGAAUGCGGCUAAUGCAUCCUCACAUGGAAGCCAAGCAAAUUCACCCUCAACUCCAAACUCUGCAGGUUCUGCUGGCUCUUUUAACAUGUCAAACUCCGGGGACUUGUUCAUGAGCGUGCAGUCUCUCAAUGGGGACUCGUACCAGGGGGCUCAGGUGGGAGCCAACGUGCAGUCACAGGUGGAUACCCUUCGCCAUGUUAUCAGUCAGACAGGCGGAUACAGUGAAGGACUCACAGCCAACCAGAUGUACAGUCCGCAGGGCAUCAAUGCAAACGGCGGCUGGCAGGACGCUCCGACCCCCUCGUCAGUGACUUCACCCACAGAAGGACCCGGAAGCGUUCACUCUGACACCUCCAACUGAUCCUCCUCCGUCCUCUGCGUCCCCACUUCCUCCACCGCCGCCGCCGCACCCCUGGCCAUAUCUCCCAAAACUCAAACCCAUCUGGACUGGACGUGACAUGACGGACUGUACGCGGUCGCACGGUUGGGGUCUGGGACGACAUUUUCACCGUUAUGGACAAAUCUUUCACUUUUCCCGUCUGGACCACGGCAGCACCGUUAGCAGCCUGCGUAGGGGACUCACAUCCACACUUCACAGUUUGUACAGUUUCCACUUGAUGUCCAUGUUGCCUCUUUGUAUUUCUCUUUACAACAUAUUAUAUCCUCACAGUAGGCACACAGUUAGCAGCAUCAUGCCCCUCGUCUUGUAAAUUGAAAUUCUUUCACGCUACCUCUAUUCGAAACAACAACAGAGAAAACGACAUUUCAGACGCUUCGGUUUUACAAAUUUUUAUAAUUAUUGGACUUUUUUUCUGUACGCCGCACCAUGCCCCGUCAUUACGCCUCUGUCUUUAUCACUGUGUUCACACAUUUUGCUCAUCUAUAGUGCCAAAGUUCAACCCUGGAGGUGAAUUUUGAUAAUGUUACAUUACACGUUUUUAUGUCUUUACAUGUUUCAUGCCAUACUUUGUGAAGUAUUAUUAUGUUAGUCCAGUCAUAUUAGUCAGGUAAUAUCCAAGUAUUCAGCCUCGAUUUAUAUAGUUUGUACUCAGAACUUCUACAACAGACAAGGACAUGCAAGGCAUUUUAUAUUUUAUUGCCAGAGUCGUAGGUUUUCUGCUCCAACGCAGUACGAUAAUGCAAAGAAUUCACCAUUUUCACGCAAGCAAUUAACAAAGUGAGCGCCGGACUUCUGUCAUGCACGCUGGCCGCAUCCACAAUAUUCAAAGAAAAAUUGACCCGAAACUCUAAAUCGAUGUCAACAUCAGCAGCAAUUACGGCACGUCAAUAUGUAUUAAAGCACAAAAACACCUAACGAUCGAACUCAAAGGGCGACAUUUGUAAAUGUCGGAGAGAAAAGAGUAGAGAGGAAACUUAAAGAUUUAACUAUAGAAGUCAUAUAUGGAAGAAAGAGAGAGUACAUACAGUACAUUAACAGACAUCAUCAGUGUGCAUCCGUGAGAUCGACAUCAACCAAAUACUGCUGGUAACCAAACCCACAACAGAAAUUAUCGCUCUGGUUUUAAGGCGCCGUGUCGUUGGGAUCGAACACUUCACGUGUCUUCAUUAAUGGGGUUAGAUUUGUGUCCAGAUCCUGAGACACGACGGGACAUUUUGAGCACAGAUUUCUGUGUUUGCUCGAAUUAAAUGAUUCUCAAGGUGAUCAGAAUUCCUCCACGUGUUUUACAACUCGGUGUCCUCAGAAUAUCCCGUCGCACGCUCGGGACCGAGACGGAAACAUGGCGCCGUGAGCGCUCAGCGCCGAGGACGCUCGUCCCGUCACGCCCGCUCUCUGAUCACAUUAGUGAGAAUAUCUAAAAAGGAAACUGCAGCGUUCGUGUUUUCACCAUUCAAGAGUCCAUUCACGUUUUGAUUCGUUUUAAAGCGACACUGAUCCAUCAAUGCAAACCAAUCCAAAAUGUGAAAUGAGAUUUGUUGUGUGUACAGUAAAGUAUGUGGUCUGACAUGUAUACAUGGUUACAGUAGUCCUCAUGAGAUAUCAGCAUUUACAUACUUUGAUACCAAAAAAAAUGGCAGAAUUUUUAUCCUGGACGUUGGGAUCAGCUUUAUCGACGCUUUCUUUUUCCUCUUUUCGUAGGAUUUUAUUAUCUACGGUACUAGUGAGCAUCUCAUCGUGCGCUAGUGCUCUGUAUUCAAAGCCAAAAAAUGCAGUUGGAAUACAGUCGUGUUUAUAGAAAUCAAAGUGGAAACAAAUACCCUGAUGGCACACAAAUCCAGAUAAUGUUUGGAUAUAUUUUUAUGUCUCCAUUUUGUGAAUAUCUCAUUUUUUUGUUGUUGUUUUCAUUUGAUAUGAUUUUGCUUUGCAGGACUUUCUUUUUUUAUGCUACCAUUAUAUGUGAACUAGCCCAAGAAUGCUCUAUAUACAGUAUGUAGAUAUGCACCUUUACUCUUUUUUGCAUCUUUGAGUUUGGACAGUAGCCGUUCUCACGCAGCCCGAUGGAUUUGGAUUUUAUUUUGUACUCAGACCGCCGAAACAAGCCCAGAUGGCUGCUGUCCGAAUGAAGGUGACGUGAAAAGUUAGCGUUAACAUCGCCCUCUAGCAUUGUGUCAGGCUUAACCGAACCCUUCCAGAAAACAAAAUUCAACCCCCGAGAUCCCAACCGGUCACAAUCCAGCCUGAAACCCGCAGGUCUUUUCCAGCAGAUGAGUCAGUUUGUAUUUAUUGCACACGUACGAAGCCGUGGACGUUUCAGAGCUGCGGUCCGGAGGUCGACCCCGGCACCAUUCCGCCAAACAAACUGGUUUGGAUGGCGGCUCGUCCUCGACUCGCCUGCUCAGCAUUACCGUCGAGGGGCCGAGCGCCGCUGAAGUGAUGCACAGAACCUGCCUCAGUCGUGUCUUCUGAAGUCAUUGGAGUGAACUGACAGCACCGGCCAUGCAAGGCGAACACGAGGAUUGUUUUUGCACCCCUCAAACGAAGGCUUAACUCUACUUUUCACAUUGCCUGUCAAAUAUUAUCGAAGCUUCAUGUAAUGAUGCUUUUUAGUUUUUGAAUAUAAAAGGAAAAGAGACAUGAAAAGAAAAAUGAACAAUUUGUAAAACAUAAAAUGUUUUAUUUGUUGCAUGUCUUUUUGUUCUUCAAUAAAAUAACGUACUGCA